UGCAUAUAACAUUACAUAAAAUCUUUAUUACAUAACCUUCUCUGUCAGUCACUCUCUUCCUCCUCCGUUUCUCGAACCUCUGCAACAAACCCUUAAACAACAAAAUUGUUGCAAAUUACAGAUGAAUUCUACAAUCCCAUUUCUGGACCUCAAUCUAUAUCCUGAUCCCAGAUCCCCUCCUUCAACCUCCACCUUAAUUACACCCAAAAUCGAGCCAAAACUUGAACUCAUAGAUGAACCACCGCCGCCUCUGCCUCCGCCGCUAAGCACCGCCAAUUCACUGUCUGACCUCCAUCUCUCCACCCCAUCACCGACAACUCCGUUUCCUUCUUCUUCGUCUGAACCCGAUUUGUGCUCUGAAUUUCGCCGCAUUUCCGAGCUCUUCCGUUCAUCUUUUGCCCAGGGCGUUCAGAGGCACGGGCAGGUCUCUGUUCUCCCUGAGUCCGAUCCCAAUUACGGGGCUAUCGUCCAAGUUUCCAACAACGACGCCCAGCUUUCGGCUGUUGUAAUUUCGCCUCGGGGAACCCGCAAGUACCCUCAGCGCUCAUCUGAGCUAGUCCGGGUUACGGAUCUUAAAGCUGAUGACCAUCGUUACUUCCGGGACCUAAUCCGGAGGUCCAGGAUGCUCUUUGACUCCCUACGUGUAUUUUCUACCUCAGAGGAUGAUAAACACCGUGAUAUUCUGGUUCCUCAGAAGAGGACAAGGGGAGAUUUGAAGGCGGCAGCACUAAUGAGGGAUGCGGGUUUGUGGUUGAAUCGUGAUAAGAGGAUUUUGGGUGAUAUCCCUGGUAUUGCAAUUGGCGAUGUGUUCUUUUUCAGGAUGGAGUUGGUUGUUGUCGGAUUGCACGGUCAUCCUCAAGCCGGGAUUGAUUAUGUCCCGGCCAGUCAAAGCUCGAACAGAGAACCCAUAGCCACCAGCAUUAUUGUUUCUGGGGGUUAUGAGGAUGAUGAGGAUUCAGGGGAUGUAAUAAUUUAUACUGGGCAUGGUGGACAAGACAAACAUAACCGACAGGCAAUGCACCAAAAGCUGGAAAGUGGUAACUUGGCCAUGGAGAGGAGCAUGUAUUAUGGCUUGGAGGUAAGAGUCAUUCGUGGUUUUAAGUAUGAAGGUAGUGCUAGUGGUAAGGUUUAUGUUUAUGAUGGAUUAUACAGGAUAACUGACACUUGGUUUGAUGUCGGGAAGUCAGGGUUUGGGGUUUACAAGUUCAAGCUUGUUAGGAUUGAAAAUCAGGUAGAAAUGGGAAGUAGCCUAAUGAAGUUUGCGAGGAAUCUUAGGGUUCGGCCACUCGAAGUGCGUCCUAAAGGUUAUGUAACACUUGAUUUAUCUAGAAAAAAGGAGAAUGUGCCUGUAUUUUUCUUUAAUGACAUUGAUGAAGAUAUUGGACCAGUUUAUCAUGAAUAUCUUAUUACAACCAUUUUUCCAUCGUAUGUGUAUAAUUAUGGGAAUGGGACGGGAUGUGAAUGUACGCGGGGGUGUUUGGAUAAUUGCUUUUGUUUUAAGAAAAAUGGUGGUGAGUUCGCCUAUGAUUCGAAUGGGAUUCUGGUGAGGGGAAAACCAUUGAUUUUUGAGUGUGGGCCUCAUUGUAGUUGCCCUCCUAGUUGCCGUAAUCGUGUGAGCCAAAAGGGGAUUAAGAAUCGUUUUGAAGUGUUUAGGUCUAGGGAGACACAAUGGGGAGUGAGGUCAUUGGACUUGAUCCAAGCUGGCUCUUUUAUUUGCGAGUAUGCAGGAGUUGUUUUAACGCGUGAGCAAGCCCAGAUUUUCACAAUGAAUGGUGAUAGUUUGAUUUAUCCAAGUCGUUUUGGUGACAGAUGGGCUGAGUGGGGGGAUUUAUCACAGAUAUUUUCUGACUAUGUUCGACCAUCUUAUCCACCAAUUCCUCCUUUGGAUUUUGCCAUGGAUGUAUCGAGAAUGAGGAAUGUAGCAUGUUACAUGAGCCAGAGUUCACUUCCCAAUGUUAUGGUACAGCCUGUGCUGUAUGAUCACAAUAAUGUAUCUUUCCCUCACCUUAUGCUAUUUGCUACGGAGAAUAUUCCUCCUAUGAAGGAGAUUAGUCUUGAUUAUGGGGUUGCUACUGCUGAUGAAUGGACGGGGAAGCUUGCUAUCUGUAACUAACUAGUCUUGUUGUGUUGGCUCAAUUUUGAAUAUGAGGCUUGGGCCGUUUAUUGGACCAUCAAUGUGAUAAGACGUUGUGUGAUUAAGUAUGCGGGAUUCCUUUUCCAGCUGACAUAGACUAAAUAAAUAUGCAUAAAAAUGUUGCUCAGCCGCGAGUCUGCAGGAUGGAAUCCUUUGCCAUGCUUCUGAAGAGACCCUAAUGCCAGCAAGUCGAAGCGAAGAAUGUGAGAAGUUGCAAUUAAAUUUGCAUGACUGUAUAAAAUCUUGUUUUUAGCUAUGUAUAUAACAGAAUUAGAAUUGGAAAAAUUGUUGUACAAAAAAUGUAGGUUCCUUGUUGGAUGAUUUCCAGUUCUAAAUCCUAAUACCGGCCGUAAUUUAAGUUGCAUUGCUAAAAUCUAAUCUCUUAACUGGUUAUGAAAGGAAUAACUUUGUUUGCCAUACAGCACAUGUUUUGGUGGGUAAAAUUGAAUAGUGCUGGACAGUAUUAAGGAUAAAAUAGAAGUAAAAAUAUGGUUAAUUUUACUAUCCAGUCUGAUUCAGAUACGGUAUUAUGUAUCAAACACGCACUAAGUUAACCAGAAGUGGCCAAGGAUCCUUUCUCCCCUUGCGGUUCUAGUGGAAGACUAGCUUGCUGUGGUGUUUUCAUUGUGAUAUAGUGUUUAUGAGGCGUCUGCCCGUGUAACUGUUAUGCUACUGUUUUAGUCGCGUCUAGUACUGAAUUUUGCAGCUUAGUCUUGUUCAUUGUUCUAAUAUUCGUCGUGUGGCACAUUGUGUUUACAAGUUUUUUUUCGCAAUUCUGAUUCUGAUAUGUAAAAUAUUUCAUUUCA